UAAUAAUUAAAUUAUGUUAAAAUUGCAUUUUUUGAGAGGAUAUACAUUCUCAGUUAGGUAAGUUCAUACUUAAGUUGCAAUCGUCGGAGGUGGAACAGCUGGUUUAAAUGUAGCAGCCCAAUUAAUAGCAGAUGGACAUGCAAUUCCAUAAUAAAUUAGAAUUUUUGAACCUAUGAAAAUGCAUACAUAUUAGCCAGGUUGGACAAUGGUUGGUAUGAUAUAAAUGUAAAAAAAAAGGUGGUGGUUUAUAUGACAUCAAUAAAACCUUGUAACCAAUGGAAAAAGUUUUACCGAAAAAUGUAAUUGUUUCAGAUAGUCCAGUUACAAGAAUAAAUCCUGAAGAAAAUUAAAUACAGACAUUUGAUGGAGAAAAAUACACUUAUGAUUAAUUAGUUGUGGCUACAGGAAUAAGAACAGAUUUUGAUUAGAUUAAAGGUAAACUUCAUAAUAAAAAAUCAUUUUAGGAGCAAGAAAAUAUUUAGAAGACCCAAAUUCUCCAGUAGCAUCAAUCUAUCAUUUUAAAUAUGCUUCAAAAAUGAAUAGAUUAGUUGAUGAAUUUGAAGGUGGAAAACUUGUAUUUUCUGAACCUUAAAUGCCUAUAAAAUGUGGAGGAGCUCCAUAAAAAAUAGUCUAUUUGUCUCAUGAUAGACUUAGAAAGAGAGGAAUCAAGUCUGACAUACAUUUCUAUAAAACAUCUGCACUUAUUUUUGGAGUACCAAAAUAUGCUGAAAUUUUAACAGAGGUAUGCAAGACCAAAUAAAUAAAUUGUCAUUUUAAAUAGAAAUUGGUUGAAGUUUAAGAUCACAUUGCCAUAUUUGAAGAUUAAGACACAAAAGAAUUAUAAUCUGUACCUUUUGAUCUUUUACAUUUAGUACCACCACAAGUAUAUAAAUUAAUUAAUUAUUUUAUUAUAGGUUCCUGGUAAAUAUAUUGCUGCUAGUGGAUUAGGUGAUGCUGCAGGAUAUUGUAAUGUACAUCCUGGUACUUUAUAACAUAUAAAAUAUAAAAAUAUUUGGUCAUUAGGGGAUUGUUCAUCAUUACCAACAUCUAAGACUGCAGCAGCUGUUAUGGCUCAAACACCUGUCUUAGUCAAAAAUUUGAUAAGAACUUGGAAAAAAGGAUUAGAACCUCUUCCAGAAUAUUAGGGUAAAAAUAUUAUAUAUCGAUUCAGGUUAUACAUCAUGUCCUAUAUUUACUAGUCAAAGUACGUUAUUGUUAGCUGAAUUCAAAUAUAACUCUGAAUUAGAUGAAACAUUUCCUAUAUUUUAAUCAAAUGAAAGUCGAUUAAUGUUUUAUUUAAAAAAGGAUUUCUUUCCUUUUGCUUAUUGGUAUUUUAUGGUUAAAGGUUUGUGGGGAGGAAGAGAUGGAUUUAGAUUUUUUAAAGGAGCUUGA